ACUUCCUGUUUCACGUUGGAGAGAAAUCAUGAUGUAAAUGUCAGAGGGUACCCGGACACAUAAUGAUUUAGACAGCAGUUCAUUCAUUUCCACUUGCUGAAUGAACAGAUGUGACCAGCCUGCGCCGCCGCUGCUGCACGGUUUAUGAGAGGAAGCUCGAGGUUCCCGGUGCAACCAUGCCCGUCUCCUUGCUAUGGGCGGUGGAUGUGUACGGGCGGGUCUACAGCCUGUCCACGGCGGGGCAACAGUGGGAGCAGUGCCGUGAUGCCCAGAUGGAGUUCAAGCGAGUGACGGCAGCUCAGCAGUGCUGCUGGGGCAUCGCCUGUGACAGCAACAUCUAUGUGAAUGUCCACGCUUCUGACCUGCCGGUCCGCUACCAGGAGGAGACCUACGAGAAUCAACGGUGGAAUCCUGUGGAUGGUUUCUCCGAGCGUUUGUUGCCCAGUGACCGCUGGCAGUGGAGUGAUAUUACGGGUCUGCAACACCAACCUCUGGACAACUACCGGCUGCCCUCCAGCAGCUGGGAGUGGGAGGGCGACUGGUACGCAGAUGAAAACUAUGAGGGAGAGCCCACAGAGAAGGGGGGAUGGACCUAUGCCAUUGACUUUCCCGCAACCUACACCAAAGACAAGAAGUGGAACUCCUGUGUCCGUCGCAGGCGAUGGCUCCGCUACAGGAGGUACAAAGCCAUGGACACCUGGGCUAAGAUCCCUCCUCAGCAGACACCUCUGCCAGAUCCCUUCAGCGACAUCAGCUGUGGAGGCUGGGAGAUCAGUGAGGAGCCCAGAGGCCGGCUGUCACUGUGGGCUGUGUCCCUGCAAGGCAAGGUGUGGUUCAGAGAGGGAAUCUGUCACCACAAUCCCGAGGGCUCUUUGUGGGAGGAGGUGCCUGUCCCCGGGGAAGUGGUCCAGAUCAGCUGUGGUCCGGCAGAUCUGAUCUGGGCAGUGCUGUGGGAGGGGCAGCUCAUUGUCAGAGAGGGCAUCGUCCGAGACUGCCCCAAAGGUACUUCCUGGGCAGAGGUGGAUUCUCCCAGUCCUGAUGUGGGAGCCGCACAUGUAGCCGUGGGAAUCAACGUUGUUUGGGCUUUGACCAAGGACAACAAAGUGUGGUUCAGACGCGGCGUGAAUUCCCACAACCCCUGUGGCUCCGGCUGGAUCAACAUGGUGGGAGAAAUGAUCAUGAUCAAUGUAGGACUCAACGACCAGGUGUUUGCUAUCAGCAGUGAGGAUCGGGCGGUGUACUUUCGUCAAGGUGUGACCUCUAGUGAACUGAGUGGGAAAACAUGGAAGGCCAUCAGUGUCCCCCGAGAUGGAGACCGAUCCCACUCCAGUGCCAGCACAAACAGCCUGCAGAGUGCUGGAUGCUUCUUCUCUGGUGAGGUGCGUGCUCAGUCAGCAGUGAGUGAUGUGGAAUUAGACACAGAGAAAGGAUCAACAGAUGAAGCCAGCUGCCUCAUCACCUCCACCUCCCCAGAGUCCUUUGUUGAUGGCCCCACAGACCACUCUGACCGACCAACUGAGACCCCCAAACCCCGCAUCCCCAAAGUCACCAGUGACAGCUUCAUCUCUGAACUCGUCUCUGACAGAGAACCAGGAAAGACCUCAAGAGAGAGCGGAUCUGCCGUUCCAGCGGUUCUGGAGGAGGAAAACAUCUCAGAAGAAGAAGUCAAAGCCCCCUGUGCUGGUGUAAAUAUUUUCCCCAGCCAGUCUGGAGGUCCUCCUGACCUCCAGUGGAGUAACGUGGAUCUGAUAGAGGCGAAGGGCCAGCAGACUGGAGCAGUGCUGGACACAGCUGACACCUGCAGCUUGUCGUCAGUGGCCACAUACACUCUGGCCAUGGAGGACCUGUAUGGAGCAGAUGAGCACCCAUUGUGGGCGUGGGUCAGUGGAGGAGGCUGCUCUGUGGACAGUCACUCCCAGCUCAACUGGUUCACCUGUUCUUCGAACACAUCUUUGGUUCAGUCAGUCCAGUCCAUGAGUCUGUCUGUCACCCCAGCUCAGACAGCAGCCUGGCGGAAACAAAUCUUUGAGCAGCUCAGUGAGCGGACCAAAAGAGAGAUGGAUAAUUUCAGGCAUUAUGAACAAGCCAUAGAACAGUCUGUGUGGGUGAAGAAGGGAACCAUGCAGUGGUGGAGAGACUGGAAGCCACACAAGUGGAUAGAUGUUCAGUUUGCUCUGGAGCAGUUCUCAGGACCAGAGGGCAACAAGGAUGGCAUCCUUUUCAUCUAUUACAAUUUUUAUGAGGAGAAGAAGUACCUGCAUGCCUUCGUCAACGAGAUCACCAUCCUGGUUCCAGUGCUAAAUGACUCCAAACAUACUUUUGCCAUUUACACUCCCGAGCGGACUAAACAGAGGUGGCCAAUCAGAUUGGCAGCAGCCACAGAGCAAGAUAUGCAUGAUUGGCUGGCAUUGUUGAGUUUGUCAUGCUGCGACUCCAGGGAGAUCCAGGGUCCUCCAUCCAAACAGGCCAUCUGGUCCAUCACCUGUAAAGGGGACAUCUUUGUCAGUGAGCCCUCUCCUGGUCUGGAGGCCAUGCCUUACCCCACACCAUGUGACCAGAUGUUCUGGCGGCAGGUUGGAGGUCACCUACGCGUGGUGGAGUGUAACAGUGUUGGCAUAGUGUGGGGGAUCGGCUACGACCACACUGCCUGGGUCUAUACAGGCGGCUAUGGAGGAGGCUUCUCCCAGGGAAUGGCCAGCAGCACAGAUAACAUUUACACACAAGUGGAUAUCAAGAGUGUUUACAUAUAUGAGAACCAGAGGUGGAACCCUGUCACCGGCUACACCAACAGAGGGCUACCUACAGACCGCUACAUGUGGAGCGAUGCUUCAGGACUGCAUGAGUGCACAAAAACAAAUAUGAAACCUCCCUCCCCUCAGUGGACGUGGGUGUCUGAUUGGGCUGUCGACUACAGUGUCUCUGGGGGGACCGAUAGAGAAGGCUGGCAAUAUGCAGCUGAUUUUCCAGCGUCAUAUCAUGGCUAUAAAACGAUGAAGGACUUUGUGCGUCGCAGACGAUGGGCCAGGAAGUGUAAAUUGACCACCACAGGACCAUGGCAAGAAAUUCCGCCUAUAGCACUGAGUGAUGUGACCAUCCUGCCGUGUGCAGCUCAGAGCAGCAUGGACGUGGUUCCUCUGUGGGCAAUCAGCAACAAGGGAGACGUGCUCUGCAGACUGGGAGUCACCUCACUGACGCCUGCUGGAUCCUCAUGGCUCCACGUGGGAACUGACCAGCCUUUCAAGUCCAUAUCCAUCGGGGCUACCAGCCAGGUUUGGGCCAUCGCCAGGGACGGUUCAGCCUUUUACAGGGGAUCUGUCUCUUCACAGAGCCCAGCAGGAGACUGUUGGUACCACAUCCCCUCCCCAUCCAAACAGAAGCUGAAGCAGGUGUCUGUUGGGAGGACAUCAGUCUACACAGUAGAUGAAAAUAGUAACCUGUGGUACCGGCAGGGUGUAACCCCUAGCUACCCUCAGGGCUCGUCCUGGGAACACAUUUCUAAUAAUGUACGCAAGGUCUCCGUAGGACCCCUGGACCAGGUGUGGAUCAUAGCAGACAAGGUGCAGGGCAGCCACAGUCUGAGCUGUGGAACAGUAUGCCAUCGAAUCGGAGUCCAACCUAUGGAGCCUAAAGGACAGUUGUAUGACUACGGCAUUGGGGGUGGAUGGGACCACAUCACAGUGAGAGGGAACUCCAUGGAGCCACCCCGCGUCCGUCUUCCCUCUCUAACAGACCCGUCCGCCCCUGCCCCCCGAAGCCCCCUGCCCAUCAGGAACACGGAGGUCAACAGCAAUGCUGUGGGACACACUUAAACACGUAACAGGUUCAACACAUGUUCCAGCAGAGGGAAGCCAUAUUACUCUGGGAAAGCUCUUGCUAAUGUGACACACCGCUGUAAAAUGUUAUUUCAUAGACUGCAGAACAACAUAGAUGCAGCAUCCCCCGUUGGUUUCUAAUUUCUUAGGUUUCUGAAAGGUCAUCGUGAAGCUUUCAUUUGGUUUUAUUGCAUGUAACAACCCUGCCAAUUGUUUGGAGACGUUUAGCAGCUGUAACAAGACCUGCACUGGCUUUAUUUACCUGUGGUGGUUGCUGCUUGCCUUGUACAAACAGUUGAGCGGUGUUUUUAUAAAGGUUUUAAUGUUCUGUUAUUGUCAUGGAGUAUGUGCAAUGGAUAGUGUUGUAAAUUAGGGGAAAAUGUGGAUUACUUGUAAAAGUCUUGUGGUUGAAAUGCUAAAACUUGACCUUCCUCUUUCUCAGGAGAAUGUUUGCAUUAGCAUGACGUCUACUUCCUUUUGAACGAUGGUUGUAGAAUGACUGAGCAGUGAGAAAAAAACUAAAAAACACUAUAUUUUUGUUAUAAAUUUGUAAGAUAAUAGUAUUAUACAACAAGAAUAGUGGUAAUAUAUUAAGGUGGACUAGUGUCUGUGUUUGUCAAAGAUCAAUUUAAAUAGUUUUCCAUUAUUAAAUAUUCAUUACCCCCACACACUGAUGAAUUACAUCCGUUCAGGCAUUUAUUUAUGUUAACAGCUGCCUAAAUUCCCCCAUAUCAUAAUGUACUGUCUAAAUAUGAUGCAGCAAUUUGUAAAUGUUAUAAGUGUACAGAGAUCUGACAUUAUUAUCUGUGAAUAACAUACUGUAGCGUGCACCACAUCAGUGCUGUUGACAUUGUGGAGUACAUUUCUCAAAUGUUGUGUAUUGUCAAAAAUAACAGUCCUUGUCAAUAAAUAAAUGUUUAUUGAUAAUAACUCCUC